AUGAGGGUGCUGCGUCUGUGCCCUCCAAGCAGCCUGCUCCAGGGGCUAGUGGCUUUGUUGGCUAUCUGUAUCCAGCCACCAACAGAAGGAUGGAGUCAGGAGGGACACACUGAAGAAGACAUCUUCUUACUCCCUAUUAAUUCUUCAAGCAGGUCCUUGGCUAAUCUGGAGUUUGACUUACAAACUGAAAAGAGGACAACAGUUGCGGAGAGUGGCGAAGAGCUUAGGGGAACCCAAUCAGGACAUACCAAGAUCCCACCUUCUUCCUCUCCUUCUCCUCUACCUUCUGCCAGUAAUACCUGGGAGAGCAACAAAGAGACUUUGAUCCUGUCUCCUCAAACCCAUCAGGAGUUCCAUGCCUCCCAUUCUCAACAACAUGGGUCAGUGCACUGCAAUAUCAGUGUUCAGAGGCUAAUGCUCACCUCUCUACUGGUCCGCUGGGGGCGUCAAUUGGGCUUCCAGUGCGACCUGUUGCUCUUUUCUACCAAUAAUCAUGGCAGAGCAUUUUUCGCAGCAGCCUAUAACCGGGUGGUAUCCCCAGUUGUUAUUGAGCAUCUAGGGGUUUCCGGUGCUCAACAGGAAUUUCGCCUUUGCAUAGGAUGUGGAUGGUCAAGAAGCAGGAGGAGUGGUCACCUGAGGCACCAGCAUGCUUCUUCUUCUGCUGCAUCUUCUACCUUUUCUUUCAUUUCUUCAACUUCAACAGAUCCUCAAAAUUCGCUGUUAGGAGAAUCACUGAAUUUCUGCUGCCUGGACUUCAGUUUAGAGGAGCUGAGAGGUGAACAGGGCUGGAGAAUGAAUCGGAAGCCUAUUGAGUCCACUUUGGUAGCCUGUUUCAUGACUCUGGUUAUCAUUGUUUGGAGUGUUGCUGCCCUCAUCUGGCCAGUGCCCAUUAUUGCUGGGUUCUUGCCUAAUGGUAUGGAACAGAGAAGGACAAGUAGUAAAUAG